AUGACGAGGGCGAGCCGCGCGCGCCUGCUCGAGGCCGCGCCGCCGCCGCCGCCGGCGACCGCGAUUCUCGCGCAGCGGCGCCGCGCGGGCGCCGACCUCGACGACGACGCCAACGUCCUGCAGCACCUCGCGCGGGCGUGCUUCCGGCUCGCGCGCAUCGUCGAGACGUCGAUCCGGCUCGGCGCGCUCGCGACGCCGCUCGUGCUCGCGGUUCGCGGGACUGUGUGGAAAUCAAGCUUCACGAUGUUGUCUCCGUAGCUGCGUCUGCUCGAUGGCGUGGAGUUUCUACGCCAUCGCGGCGACGUUGUUCUCGUCACAACCUCGAUGGCGUUGAAGUCCGCAAAGUCCGCGAAGUUUCGACGUCUCGCGGCGAUGGCGUCACCCGCCGACGCGAGAGAAAUGAACAAAACACCGCGCGCAGGCCCCCCUCCGCCGCUUCGACGAGGACCGCUGGUGGCGCUACUGCCUCUGGGCGACGCGCGCGGCGGGGCCGACGGCCGUCAAGCUCGCGCAGUGGGCCUCGUCGCGCGAGGACCGCUUCCCGCGCGCGUUCUGCGACCGCUUCGCCCAUUUGCAAGACCGGGCGCCGGCGCACGCGUGGCGCGACACGGAGCGCGCCCUCGAGGCGUCGCUCGGCCCCGACUGGCGCGACGUGCUCGACGUCGACGCGGCGCCCGUCGGCACGGGCUGCGUCGCCCAGGUGCACUCGGCGGUCCGAGGCGGCGUCUUGUUUUUUGGGGUCGUGCAAGCGGUAGAGACGACGACGCACGCGACAGAGAGCCGACAACAACACCGGCGCAGGUCCUCAAGAAAGACGUAACAAACGGCGGCCGCCGGGGCGACCGCGUCGCCGUCAAGGUCGUGCACCCGGCGGCGCGGCGGCGCGUCGCCUCGGACCUCGACUUCCUGCGGGCCUGCGCGCGCGCGGGCGAGGCGCUCAUCCCGCGCGCCAAGUGGUUCAACCUCGCGGCGGCGGCGGACGAGUUCGCGGCGACGCUCGGCGCGCAGAUGGACAUGCGCGCGGCGCGCGGCCGGCGUCCGGAGACGCGUUUGCUGGUUGUUGCGGGGGGAGCCACGCGUCGACGGCGUCGCGGGGGGAGCCACGCGUCGAAGACUUCGAGAGAAACCACAAAGCACCGCGACACGCGAUCAACCAACGCAGGAGGCCGACAACCUCGAGCGCUUGCGAGAAAACUUCCGGAACCAGAGCAGCGUGAGCUUCCCGGCGCCGCGGCGAGCAUUGGUGAGCGAGGACGUAUUGGUAGAGGACUUUGUGGAGGGGCCGUCGAUGCGCGAGUACCUCAAGCGCGACGUCGACGACGCGCGGCGCAAGGCUUUGGCUCGGGUGGGCGUCGACGCGGUCUGCAAGAUGAUCUUCCACGACAAUUUAUUGCACGGCGACCUGCACCCGGGCAACAUCCUCGUGACGCGCGACGCGACGCGCGACCCGGCGGUCUGUUUUUUGGACGCGGGCAUCUGCGUCGAGCUCGGCGCGAAGGAGCACGUCCACCUCGUGCGCGUGCUCUCCGCGCUCAUGCGCCACGACGGCGACGCCGCGGGGCGGCUCCUCUGCAAGGGCAUGGACGGCGCGCGCGCGUUGAACAACGGCUUCGGCACGGACGAGGCCUGGCAGCGGGCCCAGGAUUCUUUUUGUGAGUGCAUGCGGGACAUCACGUCCCGGAGCGUCGAGGAGGAGUUCUUCAACAAGUACUCGGAGUACGCGUCGCGCAUCUUCGCCGAGGCCGAGAAGUGCCGCGUGGCCCUCGAGGGCUUCUUCGUGUCGACGGCCGUGGCCAUCCGGGUCAUGGAGGGCGUCGCCAACGCCCUGGACCCCGACGUGCCGAUCGGGCAGCUCGCGCUGAAGUGGAUCGCGUCCUCGCCGUACGUCGCGGCGGGGCUGACGCGGUCCUGA